CGGAGGGGGAGGGGGAGGGGGGAAGCUCCCGCUGCUUGGCCCUCGGGUUGGUCAUGGCGGCCGCCGCCUCUCCCUCCAGGGGGCCGGAGAGGGCCGGAGGCGGCCAGGCAGAGGCCGAGCCGCCCGUUCCCCGCGGCCAGAGAGAAGAUGAGACUUUGGAUGAGACAACCAGAAAAAAACUUUGCAAAGACACUUUCUGUGAAGUGUGUGGGGCUGUCCUGCAGUUUGAAUCUCAACGGAUUUCACACUAUGAGGGGAAAAAGCAUGCUCAGAAAGUUCGACUUUAUUUGCAAAUGCACAGUGAACAAGAGGAGGGACAAGAACCUGGAAAGCAGAAGAAACAAUAUGUGAAUUUCCAGACAGAUCCAAAUGUUGACAAAAACAAAUACUGCAGGCUCUGCAACAUGAUAUUCACGUCUCCUAUUGUUGCUGAGUCACACUACCUGGGAAAAAUCCAUGCCAAGAAACUGAAGCAGCUCUCAGCACAACAGGAUCAGCACUCUGCACACAGCACUCAGCCGGAACUUGGUCUGUCUUUAACUUCAGCUGUGCUGGAGAUUUGUCAUGAGAAGACUUCACAGGAUACUGAUGCUAAAGACUUGUCUUUCUCCUCUAGUGUUCCUUUCAACUUAGAUAAUCCAGAGAAGUACUGCAAGCUUUGCUUGGCACCCUUCAAUAAUCCACUCAUGGCCCGCCAGCACUAUGUUGGCAAGAAGCACAAACGAAAUGAAGCACGUCAGAAACUGAUGGCUGAGAUAGGACCUGAGGGUAUUCCUGGGGAAUCCAAAGCCAGUGCAGUUGGGGCUGGCAACUAUAUUUGCCCCAUAUGUAGCAUCAGUCUUACAUCCUUAGAAAUGUACCAGUCUCACAUGAAAGGAAAUAAGCAUCAUAUGAAAGAAGCCAUGAUUGACAGUCUGAUGAAGAAGGCCAAGAAAACAUAUCAUUCCUUCCAGGAUGAACUGACAGAUUACAUUAACGUGCAAAAAGCAAGAGGAUUGGAGCCGAAAACUAAUUUUAGAAAGUCAGAGGAAGAGUUCCAAAGGGAAGAGUUUGAAGCCUUAGACUGUCAGGAGGAGACCGCUGGAUUUGACCAAGAUCCAUUUUCCCAUGGCAUGUAUGAACUAGGUCAGCAUUCCAUUUUUGCUGACGAAGCAUAUGCUCCUCCAUACAUUGUUGAAAAGAGAUUGCCAUGCCGGUCACCAGCUCUUGAGAAUCCACUAAAACUAGACAAUAUAGAACGUUGUUUAGAAAAGCAAGUGUCUCAGUUGACUGUUUGCAAACGCAAUGCUAAUGACUGGUCAUCUGACGAGAGAGUCACGUUUUUUGACAGGAGCCUCAGCUAUUCCAGGGAAAGUCAGAAGACAAAGAAAAACAAGAAAGAAUAUGCUGGAGAUAGAGAAGAGAUCCCUUCUCAGCACCUUCAAAAGCCCAAAAGGAAAUGGUACCAUAAAGAGGAAACAUACUUGAAAAAGGGCAGUGAGAAGCAAAAGCAGAGACAAGAUGCUGCAGUUUCCACUGAGUGGAAAUCAAAGCAUGGCAAAGGCAAGAGAAAUAAAGGUGUUUUUUCUGAAAAGGAGAGUAAAAAACACAAGAAGGCAAGAAAGGAGGCCAAAGUCGGUGGACCAAUAGAUGAGGAGAUACUGUGGAAUGAGUCAGUUCUAGGAUUCUGACUUGUGUUCAUUUAUAACCUGAACUAAGGUUUAAAAAAAAAACAACCAGUAGUUUACACUGCUGCUCUUAGUAUGCCAUAAAGCACAUUGCAGAGUUAGCAUUUCACCAUUCAAAAAUGUGUACAGUGCAAUAUCUCUAACAACUGAAAGCUUUAAAAGUACUGUGAAGGGUUGAGCCUUUUCUAGUUCUUGUUUACUGUUGUCUUCUCAUUCCGUCUGACAAUGACAAAUAGGAUAUAUGUAAAAAUUAAGGUGUUCAAAUAGACCUACACAGAGUGUGAAACACUAACUCUUGUUUCAGCAUCUCUCUGCAGCUUUGACUGGUUAAGUGGAGAUCUCUCCCUGCUGAAAGAAGCGGGUGACCUCUCGGAGAGGCAGCGUAUGCAGCCACAUUUGAGACUCUGCAGUAGUGGCCACUCAGCCUUGUUUUGUUCUUACAGCCAUAUGUUUCAAGGCAGAAAUCAUCUGGUGAAGGAAAUUUUUAUUUCUUUGAUUUUGGGGAAAUUGAAAAUCAUCUUUAAUUUUAUGCUCUACUGUUCCCUUUGGACAGUUUUCUACCAUUGUUUUCUAAGUGUUUCCAGGUAUGUAUAGUAAACAACUGUAUUGGAACAUAA